UUCAUGGCGCAUGCAAAUGUUGAUAAUUUGGCAACAUUGUUUUUUUCGUACAGUUAAUCAGGAAAACCGAGAUAAAUUACGCAGUGAACAAUAACAAAAACAAUACCCCAGCCCCCUUACAUUUUACAUAACUAUUCCUACAACAGUGAGCCGCGCAAUACGAAGUGAAUGGAUGAUAACAAUCGACUGUUCAUUGCAUCAUAUUUGUUCCUGUUCGUUUCAAAGUUUUUGCGAAAGCGGGUUUAUAACUUUGUGGGCUGGUAGUUCCCGGGGAGAGCUUGAAUAAUUUGAUGAUAUUCGACGACAACAGCUCGGAGAUGCCUCCGACGAAGCGCGGGAAGAUGCAGAGCGACGCGGACGAUGAAGACGACGACUACAGGAAAAAACGCGACCGAAAUAAUGAGGCAGUCAAGAAGAGCAGAUAUAAGUCAAAGCAGAGGACACAAGAAACAUUCACCCGAGUCAGUAAAUUGAAGGCAGAGAACCAAAUGUUGGAAGAAAAAGUGAAAACACUCACAAAAGAGCUGCAAUUUCUGAAGGAGCUAUUCCUGGCUCACGCCUCAAACUCACAGAGCUCAAAAUUCGAAGGCAUAGAUCUGGAGAAACUUCUAGAAGAUAUCCCAGAAGAUGAUAAAAAAGAUGGAGACACUACUAGCAAAUAGUAUAGUUACUUAAUGUAUCAUGCCCACACUAAAUGGGGGUUGUCAUAAGUUUGUCUUGUGUGUCAGUGUUUAUGUCUGUCAGCAUAGCUCUGAAUUGAGAAAUGGACCAAUCCCAUCUCAUUUAUGGUUCAUAAACAUCAGUGGAGCUUUUAUAAAGCUCUUUUCUUGUUGUGGUCUGUGUUGUUAGUCUUAAUUUGGUCUUCCGGAUUAUUUUACAAUUAAUGUAAAUUUUUGACAUUGUUAGGAGUAAGUGAGAAAUUGCAAUAGCUUUAAGCAGGUUAAAUGUAUGUAGUGUGUACAGUUUUAAGUGGACUAUAAAUUAUGUUUACCUACUUCAAUGCAGGUGUCAAUAGAAAAUCAAGGAUCUAUUUUUAUCUG